UGAUGAUACUAAGACAUGGAUGCCCGUGACAAAGGACACAGCUCAGUCAGUGGGUCUCAAAACGCUUUACAGAGAGAAAUGACACGUUGCAGAAAAAGAGAGACAGAAGCAAGGAAGCUAGCAAGGCUCGCAGGUGGCACAAGCUGCAGAGAAGAAGGUUCCUGCUCAGAUGCUGGCUGCGAGUUGACGGGCAGUACCAGGUCCUAUACCUUUCAGGUGGAUGAAGAUGACGACUCUGAGCACAUCCUGGCCCUGUCUAUGGUCUGCCUGACAGACGGCGCAAAGGACGAAUGCAACGUGGUGGAAGUCGUGGGGCGUAACCGCCAGAACCAGGAGAUUGCUGUGCCAGUGGCCAAUCUGAAGCUGUCGUGCCAGCCGGCGCUCAGCCUGGACAACUUCCAGCUCCAGCCACCUGUGACCUUCCACCUGAAAUCCGGCUCCGGCCCCGUGCAGCUCUCCGGACGGCACCAGAUCAUGCACAGGAGAGCACCCUCUGAGGAAGAGGAGAGCACGGAAGAGGAGGAGGAGGAGCAGGAGCUCACCCCCAUCAUGCCGGCCAAGAAGCAGCGAAGGAGGCAGUAGCUGAGAGGUGCUGCCCUGGCUCCGGCUGGAGCCCUGCCCCCGGACGGCUGUUCUCCUGGGACUCCUCUGGUUUACGUGUCAAUUUGCUGUUUGUUUGUUCCUGUCGGGUUUGGGGGGCUCCCUCCCAUUGAGGGGAUGCACUGGGGUGAGCCUGGCCCCGCACAGGGCCAUGGAGGCUGAUACUGGGGAGCUGCACGGGGCCCUGAGUGUGCUGGGGGGCUCUGCUCUUUGCAGUGAGAUCCCCAGCGCCUGGAGGCGAGCCAGCAAAGCAAUCAGGGUCAUGCUCUGCCAACCCCUCGUUGCUCAGGAGAGGGGGUUUCUGGGGCUUGUUCCCUGUCUCUGUGAACCAGCCCUUUGCCUGGUCCGGCUGGGCCCUGCUCUGUCGCACCCUCUGAGAUGCCAGCGGACCUCCCGCGGGAGCCGGGGGAGUGCAGCGAGAGCGGUCGGUUUCGCACGCUGAUUCUGGUCAGUUUCACCUUGCGAUUCUGGGGCUGCCUUGUGCUGAGUGGGGCGGUGGCAUCUCUCUCCCCCCGUGUCAGAGUUUCUGUUCAUGGGGGGAGGGGGGUGUUGAGCCCCUUUUUUGUCCCCACCCCCCAGAACCCCGGGCUCCUUUCCCCAGUGCAAUAUCUCGGUGAGUCGGGUGUGUAUAUGGCACCUUUGACCUUGGCAUCCAGGAUCUGUCUGUGCCGCACCGUGCGUUACAGGGCCGACUCUGGUGCUGGGGCCUCGUCUGGGUGUCAUCGGAUCGUGCUGGCUCUGGGCUGCCUUUGAGUUUCCCUCCCUGGACGAUCGAUGGUUCCCCAGCCAAACCCCACUUCUGUAAAGGGCUGUUUACACCUUGCAAUAAACGUGUCUGAUUGAGUGUCA